CCUUUCCAGCAAUCAAUGGAGGACUCAUCAUCAUCAUCAUCAUCACAAUCAUCACCAUCUUAUUCUUAUUCUUCUUCUUCUUCUUCAAUAACAUCCCAUCAAAUAGGCGUACAAAAGCGAAAAGCUGAACGCAAAAAGUUUAGAGAGACUCGCCACCCUGUGUACAAGGGCGUCCGGCGAAAAAAUGGGAAAUGGGUGAGUGAACUGAGAGAACUACAGACUAAGUCUCGGAUAUGGCUUGGAACGUUUCCAAACCCUGAAAUGGCAGCGAGAGCUUAUGAUGUAGCUGUUAAAGCACUUCGGGGAAAUACGGCGUCAUUAAACUUUCCUGAAACAGCGCAUUUGUUGCCUCAAGUUGGGUCAACCUCUAUAAAGGAUAUUCAAUGCGCCGCAUUGGAAGCUGCAGGUGUUCAUGGUGGUGGUGGCGAUGUUCAAUGUGCUUCUUCUUCAUCUUCGUUGAAAGCUAGUGUUGAAGAAGGUUAUAAUAAUAAUAAUAAUAAUAAUGAUAAUAAAAUGUUUCUGGAUGAAGAAGAGUUGUUUAAUAUGCCGGCAUUACUUGAUAGUAUGGCAGAAGGGUUGAUUCUAACACCACCAGCCAUGAAAAGGGGGUUUAGCUGGAAUGAUACGAAAGAAGAGGAUACUGUUGAUUUGACUCUUUGGAGUGAUUAAUUAAUAGUUAGACUCCAUAAUAAACUAGAAAAACAUAAUUACUUCAUUUUCUUUUUCUUUAGUGCUUUUUUUAGAGAAGAUAUUUCAUUUUCUACCUAUUAAAUACUUAAAGUAAAAAACCGAAAUCCAACUAUAUAUAGAAUCAAAUAAAGUCGAACCAAUUCAGUUCAGUCAAUUUGAUUCGAUUUUUGAACAAAUUUAGUUUAUUUUAUAUAAUUGGACAAAAAAAUUAAUGUUACUUAAGGUCAGAAAUUAAAGUGAGCCAAUCAAUCUGAAUAACUAGAUUAGAUCGUUUCAUUUUAUUUUUUAAUUUUAACUGAUGCAUGUUGAUUUCUAAUUGUAAUUUUUUCCUUAA